CAGAGAGAGAGAGCGAGAAAGAGAGGGGGCGACUUGAUAAUCACAACCUAUACACCUCAGCAGGGAACAAAAAACAAGGUUUUAAAGAUGACUCGGGGAGAGAAUCUGCUGCACAAGGCUUGAAUCCACCCAGAAACCACAUGGAGCAGGAUGUGGAGAGCCCGGCCAUCAUCAAACCGCCGAAGUUGCCAAAGCAGGCCCGCGAGGACCUGCCCAAACAGCUGGUAGAGAGGGAACGGGAACGGAACGUACAGCGGUACGUCCAGAAAGACGGGAAGUGCAACGUCCACCACGGGAACGUUCGGGAGACGUACCGCUACCUGACCGACAUUUUCACCACGCUGGUAGAUCUCAAAUGGAGGUUCAACCUGUUCAUUUUUGUCUUGGUGUACACCGUGACGUGGCUCUUUUUCGGCUUCAUGUGGUGGCUCAUUGCAUAUCUACGGGGUGACCUGGAACAUUUAGCAGAAAGCGAGUGGACUCCGUGUGUCAAUAACCUGAACGGGUUUGUAUCAGCCUUUCUGUUCUCCAUCGAGACAGAGACCACCAUUGGUUAUGGCUACAGAGUCAUCACAGACAAAUGCCCGGAGGGGAUCCUUCUGCUUUUAAUUCAGUCGGUUUUGGGAUCUAUUGUGAACGCCUUCAUGGUGGGCUGCAUGUUUGUUAAGAUCUCACAGCCCAAGAAGAGAGCUGAGACACUAGUGUUUUCCACCAACGCGGUCAUCUCCAUGAGAGACGGACGGCUGUGCCUCAUGUUCAGAGUCGGAGAUCUCAGAAACUCGCACAUCGUGGAGGCGUCAAUCAGGGCCAAGCUUAUCAAGUCAAAGCAGACCAAGGAAGGGGAGUUCAUCCCUUUGAACCAAACGGACAUAAAUGUGGGUUACAACACGGGAGACGAUAGGCUCUUCCUGGUGUCCCCGCUCAUCAUCUGCCACGAGAUCAACCAGAGCAGCCCCUUCUGGGAGAUCUCACAAGCCCACCUGACCAAGGACGAACUAGAGAUUGUUGUCAUCCUGGAGGGGAUGGUGGAGGCCACAGGCAUGACCUGCCAGGCCAGGAGCUCCUACGUCAGCAGUGAGAUCAAGUGGGGCUACCGCUUCACACCCGUCCUGACGCUGGAGGACGGCUUCUACGAGGUGGACUACAACAGCUUCCACGAUAUCUACGAGACCAACACACCCUCCUGCAGUGCCAAAGAGCUUGCUGACAUGGCCAACCGCGCCCGCCUGCCCCUCACCUGGUCUCUGGCCAGUAAGUUGAGCCAGCAGGGGCUGCCGGAGUCACAGCAGGAGGGUCAGGAGACCAAGACCGGCCUGGACGAGCAGGGGAAGAGCCAGCAGACUGAGAGGAACGGGGACAUUGCCAACAUAGAGAGCGAGUCCAAAGUGUGAUAGAGGACUUGUUUGAGGUUCGUAUGAGAUUAUUGUCUCCCGUCUGGGAUGAACACUCAAGCUCCCAGAGCACAGUGAGAGUUUGAGGUACUAAACGAGGACCAAUGAGCACAGUAGACCAAGUAUCCCUGCACCAAGAACCGCUUUUUCUCAGUGAUUUCACAGUUAACCCCAAAAACAGCAAAACAUCUAGACAUGUGGCCCACCGCUGAACUGAAAACCCUCUGCGGGACGUGCAUGUUUCAAAUAUAAUGUGAUGUCCUCCUGAUGAGAUUCCUAUUAUUUUUUCUAUUAAAAUAUUCCUAGGGGCAUUUGCAUAGGUAUUUUUGUAUAUACUAUUGAUUGUUUUGAAUUCUUUGUUUUGUUGCGGUGUGAAUAUUUGACAGAUGUUUGAUACUAUUUCUUUUAGGUUAGUUCUGUAUAUUCUCUGCCUUACUGUAUGUAUAAAGCUUUCAUUAUUUGUUUUUUUUUUUCAGACAUAUAUCAGCAUGUAUAAACAUUAUCUGCGGUUAAUUUAUCUUGUAUUGUGUAUAUACUGUAAUGUUCUACAGAAGACAUACAUCUCAAUGGAUGCAAACACUAGUUUAAACCAAUGACGAUUUGUUCCCACAUUCUAAAUGUUUGUUUUAAGCUAGUACUACACAUUUCCUCUAGAAGCCAUGAGUUGCUGUUUACAGCUGGUUGACUUCAGACAACGGCCCUUUAAAAACGCAUCCCGUCACUUUUGCACAUUGGAGGCCUCUGAUGGAGAAGUUUAGUCGCUGUUUAGUCUCCAGAAAUCCCUCUCAUGUCACCUAACAGUAUCACAAAUAAAUAAACAAUAAAUUGCAUAUUAUGCACUUGAUGAGA